AUCCGUGGCAUAGAUCUUGUUGCUUCUGACACUCGGGACCUUGGUCUAUGUAGGAUACUUGUGAACAAGCUGUCCCCGCUGGAGGAGUUUCGGGACGCGUUGUGACAGCACACGGUUGUCACGUUUGACAGCGUAGGUGAAAUGCUGGUCCACCCCUUUCCGAUGUCGAUGGCCGUCGCUCCGGCAAGCCCACACCACUUGUCCACUCCACGCUGUGCACCAUGCAGGUAAGUGGGUCAACGGUAGGUACCUUCUUGUGCAUACAUACGGCGAAAAUGUGUAUAUAAAACCCACAUUUUCCAGCGUCUUCCGACCGGGUCAACACCUCGUCUCGUCUCUGUAGCGUUUCUGGAGCCCUUCAUUGCACCUCACUUCUAAGCGAAUCUCCAAAACACAGCGCUCCCAACAUCUUUCGCUACAGAUAUCCAGUCAUGGUAGCAGCAGUCCUGCAAUCCCGCACCCUCGUGCGAGCCAAAGCACCCUUAGCCCCGUUCGCCAACACAUCCGUCCCGCUCUCACCUAUGGACGUCGCAGUGGGCCGGUAUUCAUUCCCUCUGCUCUACAUCUUCGCAGCGCCUGAUGCGCCGCACGAGGCCUUCCAGCACGAGAAGCUCCGGGAAACGCUCAGCGAUACCCUAUCUGUAUAUCCCCAUCUGGCCGGACGCGUCGACCCUGAAACCGACGAAAACCGGGGAACGGUGAAUGUGCGAUGCAACAACGCAGGGGCCGAGUUCGUUCCCGCGACGUGUGACGGCAGCCUCGCCGAUUUCGCGCCGUCAGCGACUGAUUCGGGGGCUAGAGUCAACUCGUCGGACAUGGCACAGCUACCCACCGGCCUGAUGCCCCAGUCGUCAAACCCCCAAGCGCCGGCACGCGAGCAGCCCUUAUUGAUCGUCCAAUGCACGGUCUUCAAAUGCGGCGGGCUGGCCAUCGCUCUGAACAUCAACCACCGGAUGCUGGACGGGGAGGGCGGGUUCAACUUUGUAGAAGCGUGGGGCGCCGCGUACAGAGGGGUCAGUGUCCCAGUUCCAUCGCACGACCGGCACCUCCUCUUUUCGCGGGGUGGGGUAGCCACGUUCCCGCACGCAGAGUACAAGAACGCUGCAUCCCCACCGUCUCCACCGUUCCCUGACCCGAUCCCCAAGACGAAAGCCAAACUGUUCCACUUUUCCGCUGUCGAACUAGGGAAAUUGAAGUCCGAUGCAUUGGGGAUGGAGAAGCUGGAGACCGUGGAGCCCGCGCCGUACGUCUCGACCAUCGACGUGCUGACCGCUCUCCUCGUCGUCUUGCUAUCCCGCGCGCGUAAAGCCGCCGGAGUCGAUUUCUCCAGCAGUAGCAUCCAUCUGAACACAGGCAUCAACGCCCGCCGGCGGCUUGUGCCGGAGCUUCCGGGUCGAUACGCUGGGAACGCCAUCUUCAACGCGCGAUCAUCGCAUCCGGCCACCGAUGUUCUGGAUGGGCAGUACCCAGCAGCAGUGGCGUUGGCGGCGCACAGGAUCCGGAAGGCGGUGCUGCAGAUGACGGAUGCGUACCUCCGGUCGGCGGUGGAGUACGUUGCUGCUACGGAGCCCGACCCGUCGGCAGUGACGUUGGCGGUGGACUACUUUUUUGGGAAGGAUUUCCUGAUGCCCAGCUGGGCCAACCUAGGCCUUCUCGACCCCGAUUUCGGGUCCGGACAAGCGGUGUACGCCGGGCCGCCCAAUUUCUCCGUGGCCGACGGUUUCGUCGUCGUUUUGAACUCCGCGCGAUGGGCUCGCUCUGAAAAGGGCCUUUCCUGCUAUGUGUCGAUGGAGGAGACGGCCAUGACAUCUUUCGAAGAGGCAUUAGGACAAUGGCGAACGCAGAUUUUAUAGGGCAUAUUUGGAGAUGGAGAGUUUCUAGAUUCCCCCACUCUUCUUAUCUAUGUACGCCGUAUAGUAUGUACAUAUGGGAGGCAGCAAACUCCACAUCUACGAAUCCACAUUUACUAG